CUUCGCUUUCUGUGCCUUGAAGCGGGACGGAUCCAUCCGUGACUGGGCUCCCCGCUCGGUGUGGCGCUGGGAGAGGAGCGGGGACAUGUCCCCAUCCCUGCCGGGGGGCUUUGGGGUGUCAGGGUGCACUUUGAUGCUCGGCUCUCCCCUAGAUGAGGUGCAGCACUGGAGAUCGGCAACCACUUGGAUAAGGCGCGUAAUGGAGGCAGCUGGGGGGCUCUGAAAGGGAGCGGCGUGUCUGCGGUUGUCAACGCUGGUUGUUCCAUUGUCUCAGCACUUCUGACACUUAUGGAUGGCAUAGACAACAGAGGGGAGACUGUGGUAAUUGGAGCCAUCAACAGACCAGAUUCUACAGAUCCUGCUUUAUGGAGACCAGGAUGCUUUGACAGGGAGCUCCUCUUCAACCUGCCAAAUAAAGAGGCUAGAAAAGAAAUUUUCAAGAUUCAUACUCGUGACUGGAUCCCUAAGCCACCGGACAUGUUGCUUGAUGAGCUAGCUGAGAAAUGCAUUGGAUACUGUAAUGCAGAUAUAAAAUCCUUAUCACAGAAUCACAGAAUCAUCUAGGUUGGAAGAGACCUCCAAGAUCAUCUAGUCCAACCUCUGUCCUAACACUAACAAGA